AUGUACGCUAAGAUUAUUGUAGUGUUAUCUGUGCUCGCAGUUAGCAAGGCGGCUCCUGCUCCUUAUGGUGAAAAAUUACCAGAACUCAUUUGGCGUGUUGGUCGAGCCCCAAAUGUUGCCUUCGGAUUUGGCAGUGGAUUCAGCAGUAACAUUGGUGGCAUCAGUCAUUCCUCAAGCAUCGGAUCGUCGUUCCAAAGCGGUGAUGCCAGCGCAUACGGUGCUGGUAUUGGAUCCUCAGAUGGCAAUACUUUUGCUAGAGGCGUUGGUUAUGCACAUGCUUCACCAUAUUCACACUUUGGAUUACAACAGCCUCACGUUCCCGUUUAUAACAACGCAUUUCCAAGACCCUACGGUUCUGCUGUAUCUUCAGCACAAAACUUCGGAAACUUUGGCUCAGCAGCGUCUUCGUCUCAGUCCCAAAACGGGUUUGGAUCGGCGGUCUCCGCAGUUCAGAACAACGGCUUAGGCCCCUACCAAUCAGCUGUUUCUUCCGCACAAAACUUGCGAGGCUAUGGAUCUUCUGUAUCUAGCGCUAGCUCAAAUGGUUUAGAUUUUGGAACAGCUGUUUCUUCCGCUGAAAAUAAUGGAGGAUACGGAUCAGCUAUUUCGAUGGCACAGAAUCAUGGCCUUAAUAACUUUGGUUCAGCAAUUUCUGCAGCCCAGAACAUUGGAGGUUAUAGAUCGAGCACAGCACAAACUAUUCAGCAGCAAGGUGGUUCUCUUCGCCACAGUGGAGCCACUAGCAUCAAUGGACCUGGACUUCAAACGGCACAGUCUCACGCCAUUAACAACGGUUAUUAUUAAUUAGGGUUUAAAAAUAAAAUUAUG